AUGAUGUUUCCCUGCAGCGCUCUGCCGCCUCCUCUGUACCCUGGCUUACUGCGUCCCGCUGCGGCUCUCUCCUCGUCCCUCAACCGCUCUUACCACUCUGGCUUCCUGGUAGAGGAUCUCCUCCGACUGAGCCAGCCGGUCAGCUGCAUACAUAGGACUUUCUCUUCCAGAAGUCCCGGGGACGUUUUCCCGCUCAGCGUGGGACCGGGCGGCCCUCCCCGGGCGUUAGAACCCGGCGCAGAGCGCUCUGUGCUGCAGAGCUCCGGGCAGCCGAACCGCAGCAGCCCCGGCUCUCCGCAGACUGCCUGCCCGGACUCCGGCUACCUGAAGUUCGGCGUUAGUGCGAUACUGGCACCGUCGACACGGAGCGUCCAGAGUCUUCAGACCAAGUCCUUUCCUCUGCCUUUCUUUGAUGGAGGCCUUCAUCCUUUCAUCAGAGCUUCCUUUUUCACAGUUCCUGUCCCGGGAACCUUUUCAUGGCCCCUGGCCCCCAGAGGGAAACCCAGGAGGGGCAUGCUGCGGCGGGCGGUGUUCUCAGAUCUGCAGAGGAAGGCCCUGGAGAGAACUUUUCAGAGGCAGAAAUACAUCAGCAAACCAGACAGGAAGAAACUCGCCAGUAAACUGGGACUCAAAGAUUCCCAGGUGAAGAUCUGGUUUCAGAACCGCAGGAUGAAAUGGAGGAACUCCAAAGAGAGGGAGCUGCUGUCCACAGGUGGUUGUCGCCAGCAGACCCUCCCCACCAAAACCAACCCACACCCAGACCUCACUGAUGUAGGCAGCACCCACUGCCACAGGCUGGACAGCCAUGAGUCACGUCUUAACCAACAGCAUCAUCAUCAUCACCACCACCACCAUCUUUCCUCUCCGUCAGAGUCCGCCAAACAGUCGGAGCUCUCAGAGUCAGACAGCGAAGAAAUCACUGUGUCAUAA